AUGAGGUUUUUCCAUUGUAUGACUCUUCGCCCCCAAGGAAACUCUUCCAAAAAGUGCCCAGGCUGGGUGGAGACAAAAUGCAAAAAUUCCAGCAUUCCGGUCUCGGGCCUGCCAAAUACCCGUGGCGAUGCUUAUCGAUCCAAUCAUAUUCGAGCUAGCACCAAAGGCCAUACUUUCCACACCACGGUAAAAUUUUUCAGCCAGAUCGAAACGCCGUCAACGGUCCGGAUCUGGGAGCAGACCGGGGGCUGCCCUUAUGCAUUCUGUGGGUGUGCUGCCCGUCAUCGUCGAAUUGGUGCACAUUUUUCAGUGUUGGGAAUAUUUAACCUCGGGCAGAUCUUCCGUUAG